AUGAAAACAAGUCCAUUGUCACUUUUAACUGGAAUUGUGUUUAUAUGGAGAAAACAUUGCUUCCGAAUCAAAAUAAACUGUCAUUACCCAAUCAAAAGAAACUUCUUACGACGCACAUGCACAUGUCGUGGAGAUACUUUGAAAACCAUGAUUCGUCAAAAUAUAGCAUCGGAUUUAGAAUCAAUGCAAGAACUUCAUCUAAAGUACGGUUGGAUUCCUGGCGCUGAAAGUAUCCGACCAAAUGCUGAAAUUCGCGAGAAGAAAGAAAAUUAUAUCAAGAAUAUGUUAACACGUUAUGUUAGUCUUCAAGAUUUUAUUCUACAUAAAUUCUUCGGUUUGAAACCUACCGUCGAAGGAAAUUGGAUGAAUUCCAAAUUACAUGUUUCACUAACAGAAAUUUCUGCUGCACAAGCAGCUGGAUUACAACAACCAAAUCAUCAUCAAUUUCGUUUAGUACCAAAUCUCUUCUCAUAUCAUGUUCCAGCUGGUACGAAUCAUUAUGUCAUUUGGUUUCUCUUGAAUGGAAACGAAACUAUAGAUCCAACGACACAUUCUCCAUUGAGCUAUGAUGAAAUCACUGCAAGUAUUGAAAUUGGAUUAAAACAAUUACUUGGUCCUACCAAAGAUCAAUUCUCUUUCGUUUGGUAUCCCAACCCGAAACCAACGAUUAUUUCAGAUAUUCUCUAUCAUGUGCAAGUCUUUUGGAUACCUGAAUAA